CCUACCAGUUCGACGUUCAGCUCCGAAGCGAGUGUGUCCCGCACCUCGGCUCUCAAACCUUGGAUUGCUGCGCGCCUCACCAACUGCAACUCGGGUAAAAUCAGAAGAUGCUUGGAUCUUCUGGUGAUCGCCUCCGGGGAAGGAAAGCAACACCAGAGGGGAACCUUUUGGGUGACUUUUGAACAUCGAUUUUAGCAGCUCGUCAACGAAAGGAAAUCACGGAAGACAACAUCGAAGUUUAUCGAAGGUUCCAGAGGCGGAAGUGCAAAACAGCAUUCGGUUUUACAGCGGCUACGAUAGUCAUGGUGCAGAGAAGCGCCUGAGAUGUCCUGAAGUCACUGCACCAUAACCAACAUGGAGGAACCUCUACCCCGUCCGACGUUUCUGCUAGAUGUGGAGAACGGUAGCUACGAGUACCCCAGCAGCAAUGCAAGCGACAACUCGACGCUGGACAUCAAUCAGUUGCUUAUCCAGAAGUACCAGCAGUACCUCAACAUUCGCGCCAUCAGUGAAGAGGCUCUAGCCGGGCUCCUAGUUGCCUACGCUGUGCUCAUCUUGACUGGAGCGACUGGGAACGGCCUGGUAUGUGUCGCGGUCGCUCGCAAGCCCCAGAUGCGCACCGCGCGUAAUGUGUUCAUCAUCAAUCUGGCCAUAUCAGACCUCAUACUGUGCCUCUUCACUAUGCCCUUCUCCCUGGUGGAAAUUGUGCUCAAGUUCUGGCCACUUGACAGCGUCACGUGCAAACUGGUCUCUGGUUUGCAAGCGACGAGCAUCUUCGUCUCUACCAUCAGCAUCACUGCGAUUGCCCUGGACAGAUACACAGUGAUCGUGUACCCGACGCAGGAACACUGCAAACCAGUCAGCGCUGUCCUCACGCUGUCGUGUAUCUGGUUGAUUGCGCUUCUGCUGUCCACACCAUUGUUCGUGUACCGCCUCGUCGAUCGCCAGAACCUGCCGAAUGUGGGCAGCCUCCGUGCUGAGCUACGACUGGAAUCCGUUGAAUACUGCAUCGAAAAGUGGCCCAUCCAGCACGGCCGCUUCUUCUAUUCCGUCUUUUCAAUGGUGUUUCAGUAUGUGCUUCCUAUCCUCAUUGUGAGCGUUGCCUAUGCACGCAUAUGCCAGAAGCUCAAGUACCGUAUGGUGGCGAAAGGCACCAAGCUGCAAGAAAAGCAGCAGCGCGACCAGAAACGCAUGCAGAAAACCAACAUCCUGCUCAUAUCCAUCACGCUCAUCUUCGGCAUCAGCUGGCUGCCACUGCACAUCCUCAACAUAGUCGCCGAUGUGGCUCCUUCAAUCUUCGCUAGCAAUGCGCAGUUUCGCAUUCUGUUCGCCUGUUGUCAUAUGGUGAGCAUGAGCUCUGCCUGUUCGAACCCGCUCUUGUACGGCUGGCUCAAUGACAACUUUCGCAAAGAGUUCAAAGAGAUAUUUGCCAGCUGUUGCGGCAGUGCGGCGCUCCGCAGGAGAACAUCCAACAACGAGCUUGUUGUGCUAUACACACGUAACCAUGCGCAAAGUGAAGCCACCUGUUUGGCGGAUACCAACUGCCUUGAACACAAAGGAGACAAAUACGACACCUUGGUCAUUAGUGCUCCCGAAUAAGGGUGCCACUCAUAAGACUCACUCUCGUUCAUGGAACAGAUCCAGCUCCUGUGACUGAGUAGACAAGGGGCGCUAUGACCACUCUUAUACCACGGUGUAUUUGUGUCGACUAGUUGUGUUCGACACGGAGAACUGAGUUAUCCGCGAGCAACGGUUCCACCACACAUCGAGCAUAUUAAAAAUCAUGUUCCCCAAAGGUGAUCACUGCCCACGACUGGGAAUCCAAGCCAGUGCCCCACACGUUGACUUACGUAUACAGUAAUGUGCUUCAAAUGAGAUGCACAAAUCAGUAUGGAAAGAAUUUCUUACGAAACUAUAUCCGAUUUCUACGUGUUGUUUAAACGAAACAGGAAGGUACAACGCAAAUUUGGCCCCUGAAUAAAAAAAGCUUUACAUUUUUAACCCUGGAAUGAAAAGUUUCGAAACCGGCAGAUGACACAUACGAGAACAAUGAUGGUUUCGGCUCAGCGAAAGGUGAGAAGUUUUUCUCUCUUUUUUUUUUUCCUUUCUUUCUUUGUGUGCACUGAGAAAAGAAACGGAAAAAGCUUGUUAUUACAAAUUAUUGUACCAUCCUGCAAAAUUUACGCCCCUGUAUGGAACAAGUACGACAGCUUGCGGCGAACAACAGGCUGCAAGAUUCGGCCGUCAGAGCAUUAUGCUUGAAACUAAAACAAUAUGUCUGCGGAACAACAGAAGGCAUCAGGCUUCUAACAGUACGCGCUGCUUUGUAUAUGUAGCUUUAUUAAGGUGCGUUGUAUUGAUCUCAUCAUAUCAUAGAAGGUGAGAUGCCACCUUGUAGCUCAUUGUAAGGCUAUUGGUAAAUUCCUUUCUGUUAUCACUGUUAAAUAUUUUCAGUUUGUUUCUAGACGUUGAGUAAAGAAAGUAUGCCUAUUCGUGCUGCAUCACACUGGGGAUUGUUAGUUCGGAUUGACAUACACAUGUACACCGACCUGUCGCAGUGCAUUUUGCUUCGCCGGUUGCUAUCCAUUUGCCGUUCUCUAAGUUUGUCUUAUAGGUUACCAUAUGUGAGAGGCUCGCACGGUGCAUUUGCUCCCGGGAGUAAAUGAAUUCAUCUUGCCACACAAUGGUUCCUGCCCUAUUAUUGUGUGAAUAUGCUUAUCAGUUGAUGUCGUUAAUUAUUUGCUUUCAUUCACUUUCCUGACAGUUUCAUGUAUUCAGCUGUCUCCGCGCGCUACAGAUGUACCCCUGUAUAUUUUGUGUAGAGACAUUCGUGGGAGUCUGGCCUUUGCGGCGUACGUUAAUGAAACGGCGAUGAAGCUGUUCAAGCGCAUUGGAUGCUUUUGCAAACGAGCCAUCUCGGUGAUGCAACGUGGGCGAGCUCUAUGUGUGCGUUUUGUAAUGUUUCUAUGUGGUGGCACCCCCUCAGUCACAAUCCUCCGAUGCCAUGCACGCUCUAAUUGUUGUUGUCUUUCAACAGAGUUCCAGGUGGUGUCACACACAUCUUUGACAACGUAUAUCGACUUAAUCACUGUUGCUGGCAUUAAACAUUGCACUGUAUCGUGUUAUAUACUUCGAUCUGCGACUUUGUAGGUCCCCAUGUACAUUUCGUAUCCUGUGUGCCCCAAUUGCCGCUGGGCUAUUUUGGCAUGCUGUCUUCUUUCUCUUCCUUUUUGUACAAAGACUCUGUAAAGCUCGCACAGGACCGCAUUUUCUUCAUUAAAAGGGCAAGAAACGUUGUAUUACAUUUCUCGCAUUAAAAUUUGAUGCGGUGUUAGUGUGAAGGUAGUGUGAGCUUUAUUA